GUAAAGACCUGAACUCAGCCCGGCCAAGCCAAGAGCCCUAUAGCCCAAAUGGCAGCUCUCCUGAACCCUACGGCUCGGCGCCUCACCCUCGCUGCCUGCCGCCGCCUCUCUACGGCGCCGGCGGUGGAGCCCCUCGUGGCUCACUGGAGCACCCAAGCAAGAUACAAUUCCAGUCUGGUGGAGGUUAAUGGCGGAUUUGGGGAGAUGGUUGCCGACACAAAGAGGUACUACGUGCUUGGAGGCAAAGGUGGUGUUGGGACAACAAGCAUGGCAGCAUCGCUUGCUAUGAAGUUUGCCAACCAUGGUGAACCGACGCUCAUAGUUUCUAUGCACCCAGCACAUUCACUGGGUGAUACAUUUGAACAAGACCUGAGUGGCGGUAAUAUUGUACCUGUCAAUGGAGUCGACUCUCUUUUUGCUGCCGAGAUUGGCCAUGUUAAUACAAAGGAGGAAUCUUCUAAUAGUGGAUCUUUUAUGCGUAAUAUACUGGACAAGAUAGGGCUUGGAGUCCUUGCUGAUCCGCUGGGAAAGAAUAAGCUGCAUGAAAUGCUGAUGAAAACUCCUGGAUUUGGAGAAGCCGUUGCAAUUUCGAAGCUGAUGCAAAUCGUCGAACUGCAAGAGAGCAAUAAAUUUAGGCGCAUAGUUUUGGAUACCGCGGCAACUGGGCAUACACUUAACCUUUUAUCUGCUACAACUUUAAUGGAGAAGCUCCUUGGUAUGGCCAAUAAGGCUGUGAAUUUAGCGUCAUCCUUCCCAGCUCUUAAAUCAGCUUUCGGGAAAGACCAAAUAGAUCCUGCCAGGAUAGAGGUGCUAAGAAAGCAGAUUGCCAGAGUACAUGAGCUUAUGCAAGAUCCACAAUCAACUGAAUUUAUCAUUGUGACGAUUCCUACGGUGAUGGCUAUCACCGAGUCAUCAAGGUUUCAUGCAUCUUUGAAGAAGGAUGGUGCGUCAGCAACAAGGCUUGUCGUAAAUCAAGUAUUGCCCCCCUCUACAUCUGAGUGCAGAUUUUGUUCUACAAAACGCAAGGAAGAAGCACGUGCCCUGAAUAUGAUAAGCAAUGAUCGUGAACUUGGCGGCCUAGAGCUAAUCCAAGCGCCACUUCUCGAUGUGGAGGUCAGAGGCGCCCCUGCUCUCAGAUUCUUCGGCGAUGUGGUCUGGAAAUAGACGCUAGGAUGCCAGGCCGUGACGAGAAUUUUGUUAUUUCAUCUGAAACUCCACAGUACUGGUGGCGGCACUCAAAUUGUCUAGAAAUGUGGUUGAAUCUGGAGAAAAGAUGAAACCCAGCAGGAUACCAGACUGUUCAGGCUGUAGACGUUUGGUAGGUUCUUAAAUAAGAAACGGAGUAUUAGUUGCUGCCCUCACGUGUUUAUCUCUUAUUAAUUGGACAAUCCAUGAGUGUUGUUUCCGUUGGUGCAAUCGUCGAGUUUAACCCUAUACUUGUCAUGAAACAGAGCAUUUCUAAACGAAGCAAACCCGUUGUUUUCA